AUGGCGUGUAUCAGGGCGCCAAGAUCCGUGCGCGGUUCUAUCGACGACAUCAAGGCCGAGUCCACACGUAAUGUUGUGCAGAUCUAUACAGAUUGGGCGAAUUAUUAUUUGGAACGAGGGGGUUGCAAGAAAAGAGUGACCGAUCUCCAGGCUGAUCUCUGCGACGGUGUCCUUUUAGCUGAUUUAGUAGAGGCUGUCACUAAUCAAAAAGUGAUCGACGUAAAUCGAAAGCCAAAAAGCGCCCAACAAAUGGUUGAAAACGUGAGUUUGUGCGUGGGAGCACUGCGGGCUCUGGGGGCGGAUGUAGGAGCCGUGAACCCGGGUGAAUUGGCGGCAGGAUCAACCCUGUGGCCGGUACUGGCUUUGCUCUUCGCCCUGUCACGCUACAAACAGCGAGCCAAGCAGCUGCAGGAUAUGCCCAGAUUGCCGUCGCCCUAUAACAAACAAUCGUCGGGAGUUGGUGGUGCUGGUGGUGGUCCUGGGGGUGGCACGAGCAUACCCCAGCCCGCGACUGUUGCCGCUACCAGGAGAUGCCCUCCGGACAAAGUCAGACCGGCUCCGGCACCAACACAUCAAUCACAACUCGGUGGUCUAAAACACGGGAAUGGCGGCGUGGGUAGCGCGAGCAGUUCUAGAAGCACUAGCCCGAGUCAACAACAACCGUCUCAGGGUGGUCUUUCAUUCAUUCCGCAACCUAGAAGUCAAAAUCCGAAUCGACAACCCACGGCAACAACGCCAAGCCCUCGAGCAUCCACAGUAGGCCGACCCAAUGGAGGUCUGAGAUCCCAACAAGCCCUACCGUAUUCUGGAAAUACUGUCUCGGCACCUCAGCCAAAUAAGAAUUCUGUAUUGGACAAGUUUAAACUUUUCAAUAAUAAAGAUAAAAAUCAAGAGCGAGGAAAGACUUCAUCAGGAGUUUCAAAACGCACUUCCAGUUCUUCCGGAUUUUCUUCAGCUCGAUCUGAACAUUCAGACAGUUCGACUUCCUUGUGCGAUCAAAGUAAAGCCCAAGUUCAGGAAUCGCCAAAAAGUCGUGCGUUGAAAUCAAAACUGCAAUCGGCUAAACCAGCAAAACAGGCUAGUCCGAAAACAGGCAGGAAGGAGCAGAACAAACCCCAGAGUAAGAUUGCGCGCACGAACAAAGGUCCACCAAGCUCCUUGGAAAAGCUAACAACGCUCUAUAAUAAUCCUGUCGUUGAGCAAGAUGUUAAAAUUGCUGCUAAAGCUAUCGGCACCAAAUUAUCAAGUGACAGGAAAACUCCGACUCUUCAAGAACUGGUGAAGCAACCAGUAAUACAAUCUCCUAAACUGAAUCCUUCCGUCCUAACGUCACCUAGACAAAUCAGUCUUCAAGAUACCAAAAACGUGAACUUGAGGAACGAACUACCGACCACGAAACUUUCACCCCGACCUAAGAUGGAACUUCCGGGCAAGAUAUCGGAUCAAAAAAUUUAUUUACAAAGUGUGAAGCCACCGCCGAAUGGUCUGAACAAAGACUUUAUGAUGCAGAAAGCUAUUUUAGCAAAUACCAACGGUAUUAUCAAGCCAUCCGAAUCGAGGGAGACACUUGUUCAUGAGAAUGAUACUUUCAAUCGCACUCUAAGCAUGAACCAGACAAACUUAUCAGAUGGCAAGGAUUUUACGGCAAAACAAAAAGAGCCAGAAGUUUUAGAAGCUAAUCACGAACAGCAAUCAGAGAUUGAAAGUUUUGAUUUAUCAAAGACUCGAGUAUUAAAUCAGGAGAAGGUUAUUUGCGAGGAAGAAUUAGAAUCUAUCGAUACUUCCAAUAACGAUAAACAAGAUUCUGUGGCAAUGAACUAUGUUAACUCAGCUGAUGAAAAACUAACUAAUAGUGAAAACGGACUAACGAGUACACCCACACAAAGCAAUCUGAAUUUUGGAUCCAGUAAACCGUUAGCAAGUUUAAACAGUCCUCUUCACGGUCCCAAUCCGGCCGGGCUUAGUCCGGGUUCCAGCAUCCCGAAACCUACUGCUCUUGUGAAAGGCACAUCGAAACCAUCGAAAGACAAUAGCACGCUCAGCGGAAUGCCAACACCGACAAAGCCGAAGAGUGGUGAUACUCUUCAUCGCAAACUCGAUCCUAAUACGGUAGCGAUGGUGUCACCGAUGCCGAGUAUUUCGGACCUUAUGUCCGACAGCUCGCAUAGCAAUUCUAACAGCACCGGGCAGAGUAAUUCGAGCGACAGUAGUGUAAUUUAUAGGCCAAGCAGUGAGAGCGGUAGCGAAAUUAAGACGAUCCCUAACCGGAAGAUUGACACUACGUUUGAACAAAUGGAAAAGGUGCUGUCGGAAAGUUCGACGUGCGGUGGCGCUUUAGCAGACGAUGAGGCCGAGAUGACUGUAAAACCUAUGCAACCUCUUUUGCGCGGGUACACGCCUGGGGCCCGAGGCUUACAGACUCUACCAAGCCGUACUACGACACGACAAUACACCGUCCUGCAUUCAUCGUCGCAUCAUCAUGUUGGUAGUCACCACGAUUAUACCGACGUAGAGGUCGCUUCCGGUUAUCUGAGCGACGGUGAAGUGCUACGUGGAGGUGGCAUGAGUGUUGGCAGCAGAACUCUUUCGGAUCUAUGCGACGGAUACAUGUCUGAAGGCGGCGCAUCCCUAUACGCACGCAGGAUCAAUCCUUCCUAUAGUCACGAACAUGACAGGUACGUAGGUGGCUCGCGGCGAGAGCUGUCGGGGGUGAAGGAACUGGUAACCUCGAGGCGGGUACAGAAGAAUCGGCCGUCAGGGAUCGCGAGGUCGGAUGGCGGCUGCAUUGGGGGCGUCAGUCCGGGAAGCGGUGGCAGCGGCGCCUUGGCGGAGCUCACAAUCGAGGAGCUGGCUUCCAUUCCCGCCGGAAAUCACACCUCCGCCAAUCACACGGGACAUCCCUCUCAUCACAAGGAUAAACAUCGGAAACAGACCAUGGCCGAAUAUGCGAAUGGUGAGAAACCGCAAAAGGUUUCGUCGGGCACGUCAACCAGCAACAGUAGCAAAGUUCGUGGGGUACCGCAAAGCUUUGGCUAUGUUAAGAGACACAGUGCGGGAACCAGUUCGAGUCCCAAUGGUGUCCAAAAUGGUAGCAAAGAUGCUACCAGAACUGCUCAAGUUAGCGCCGUGCCAAGGACCAAGGUCAAGGUCUCCGGUGGCACACAAACGUGCACCACAGAAUUGCAAGCAAAUUCUUCGGGAUCAAAUCAGGGUCAUCACUACAAGAGCUACAGCCUUACUGGUCCCAGCGCUAGUCAACUUUCACAGUCAGUUCGAGAUCGUCUCAUGUUGGGCUCACAGAGCCUGCCAAAACCCGGUAGUCCAGAAUUCACCGCUCUUUUUGCAUCUGCCCAUCAUCGCGAGAGAGGAGCUGGCAUUGGACCCACGAGCGCGUCAUUUUCACCCCGGGUAUUGAAACCAUCUGAUGGUAGCCUCAGCGACACAUGCAGUAAUUACGCCGCACCUGAUCUUCAGGGCUACUAUGGCACCCCCAACAGUCCCUAUACUACUUCAUGGAUGAGACACAGCAAUACCUAUACGCCUAGCGGAAGAUCUCAAGGAAUGGGUUUGUGUGAAGCGGAUAGCGUAGAAUCAUUGGGCUCGCAUCGUGCGAGCUUGACACAUGCCCGUCUCCUAAUGCACCAGAGAGAUUCUACAGGAUCCCCAGCGCCGCCCAGAUUGAACAGGAGCAACUCUAUCAGGUCCACUAAGAGCGAGAAAAUGUACCCGUCAAUGUUGGCACGCGGAAGCGGCGCCUCAUCGUCGGUGGGCGAGGAGGUCGGAAUAGGUAUAGGAGUUGGAGUCGAGCCGUAUUACAGCGUUCCUGUGGGAUCAGCGGGAUGUACUGGCCAACACUGGUCCCAGCCGACGUCGCCGACGCCCACACAUACCUCACGGCAGCCGCCUAACUUGUAUCAGCACGUACAUAAGGACGACGACAUUCAUGGAUCUUCGGUAUCCUUGGUGUCCACCACAAGCAGUCUUUAUAGUUCGGCUGAGGAAAAACAAGCGCAUGAGUUGAGAAAAUUGCGUCGUGAAUUACUGGACGCUCAAGAGAAGGUGCAUUCGUUAACUAGUCAACUUUCUACAAAUGCACACGUGGUCUCAGCUUUUGAACAAUCACUGUCCAAUAUGACCCAGAGAUUGCAGCAACUUACAGCUACAGCUGAGAAGAAGGAUUCCGAGCUUCAGGAACUACGAGAAACGAUCGAAAGACUGCGCAAGCAGAGUGCCGAAGCUGGAUUGAACAGCGGUCCAACUGCGAAUAGUGGUCGGCGUCAUACUUUAGGUGACUCCGAAUCCGGUACCACUGGCUGCACUGGCAGCAGCAGCAGCAAUAAUCAUCAGGGUGCAUCAAUGGCAAGACAGCUAUCCGCGGACAGCGUAACGUCUCUGAACUCUUUAAGCAGCGCUUGCUCGGCCAGUAGCAGUCAUCACAAAAAGAAGGGCUGGCUACGCAGCUCCUUCUCCAAGGCCUUCUCGAGGUCGCGCAAAAACCGACAUGGUUCGGUUUCUGAUGCAGAGGACUGCAAGGAGAGUCCUGGUGGUGAUCUGAGCGCUCCCAACAGUCCUAGACUGCCAACCGCAUCCAAACACGAGUCUUCGAGAGCACAAACUGUGAGGAGCAACGGUCAGAAAUCUCCUGAUCAUGAGAAUCCUUUGUCGGGAAGCAAGAGCAGCUCAGCACUGUACAAGAAAGAGGAUGAAGAUGUGGAUGAAUUGAAGAAACAAUUGAGAGAGAAGGAUUUAGUGCUCACAGAUAUCAGAUUGGAAGCAUUAUCUUCAGCGCACCAGCUGGAGUCUUUAAAGGACACGGUCAUCAAGAUGAGAUACGAGAUGCUGAACUUGAAACAGAACAAUGAACGUCUCCAACGACUAGUGACCUCAAAAUCGCUCACUUCUUCGCAAUCCUCUCUACCUAGUGACCCAGAUCGACGUUUCAGUAUGACUGAGGUAGCGUCGAGUGUCGCAGCGUUGUCGAACGGCGACGUCAGUUCCACGGCUGAUCAACUGGAAGAUCUUAACGUCCCAGUCGAACACUCCGUCGUACCAUCGAGCGCAACGACUACGGAACCAGUUCUCGAGCAAGACACUGACGGCAAGAGAAUCAAUGUGGCCGUUUAUCUCGGCAGUGAGCGAAAUUUUAACUAUAAUUUGAUUACCGGGAGCUGCGCUGACGGCACUAUAGGCGAGCCACCACAUUGCAUAAUCGCCAAUGUGUGUAUCAGUAACAAAACGAGCUGGGACGCGCUAGAUUCUAUGGUGAGACGUUGCUUCAAGGAAUACGUUUUCCGAGUGGAUCCCGUAACGAAUCUGGGUCUUGGCAUCGAAUGUGUCGCUGCGUAUCAUCUCGGUGAGGCUUCCAGAUGCACUACUGAUUCUCAGCAUCCUGAGUUGUUACCCUGCGGCUAUCUAGUCGGCCACGUGAAAACUAUUUAUCUAGUGCUAUCAGGCUAUUCCUGGCUGGCGGUAGAUACCUUAAUACCGCGUUCCAUCGUUCAGCGGUUGAUCUCUCUCCUGACAGAACAUCGUAGAGUAAUUUUGUGUGGUCCAAGUGGUACAGGCAAGAGUUAUUUAGCUGGAAAACUGGCGCAUGCUCUAGUAGAUGCUGAUAAUGAUACGAAAGAUGCUGCUGCCGUUGCGACUUUCAAUGUCGACCAUAAGUCCAGCAAGGAAUUACGCCAAUAUCUCGCACACAUCGCCGAAAGAUGCGAUUCGAACGCCGCUGAUGAACUACCUAGGGUGAUUAUUUUGGAAAAUCUUCAACACGCAGCAUCUCUGGGCGAACUUUUCAGUGGACUCCUAGGAACUAGGCAUUCAUCGUGUCCUGCUAUCAUCGGUACUAUGAGUCAGACCACUUGUAGCACCACCAACUUGCAAUUACAUCAUAAUUUCAGGUGGGUAUUAUGCGCAAAUCACAUGGAACCAGUCAAGGGAUUCCUGGGACGUUAUUUGAGAAGGAAAUUACUGGAACACGAACUACGCGAAUGCGCCGGGACAAGAAACGCGGAAAUGGCGGCAGUAGUCGAGUGGCUGCCGCGUGUGUGGCUACAUCUUAACAAAUUUCUAGAAACCCAUAGCAGUUCUGACGUCACCAUAGGACCGCGGCUGUUUUUAUCGUGUCCAAUGGAAGUGGCUGGAUCUCAAGUGUGGUUUACUGACCUUUGGAACUACUCAGUAAUACCUUAUCUAGUGGAAGCGGUCAGGGAAGGAUUGACGCUAUACGGAAGACGCGUAAGCGGGAACGGAAAUGGCGAACUAACAUGGGAAGAUCCAGCGCAAUUCAUCACAUCGAGCUAUCCAUGGCUUUCGACGCAUGCUGUGCACGGCGGCAGCGAUGCUCUUCUACGUCUGAGACCCGAAGACGUAGGAUACGAUGUCGUCUCCAGCGGGCACACUUCCGGUGUCGGCGCCUCCAGCGUGAAGAGCCUUGGAAGUACUCACAGUGAUACUGAAGGAGAUCCUCUGCUUAAUAUGCUAAUGAGGCUUCAAGAAGCGGCUAAUUACUCAAGUCCGCAUAGUAACGACAGCGACUCGGUGACAUCUCUCGAUUCAUCGCAUACUCGUCAUUCAGAGGAUUUGAGUAGUUCGACAUCUUCAUCAAGAGGAGUAGAAUCGGCACUCUAAAUUAGCAAGAUAUCAUAAAAAAAAUUCAUCGCCGAAAGGUCGACAUGUGUAUAUGCAUAACGACCGAUCAAUUAAAAAUACUACAAAAAGGUAAGAUCAAUAGCUCUGAGAAAUAAACAAUCAUUCCGAUCGCCGAAUUCAGAGCAAGAGAGAAUUAUUUAUGAAUAAAAGAUAAUUAUAAACAAGGAGUAUCUUUAUAUCAGGGAAAAUAAUCAGUGCAAUGUUUCUUAGAUUAAAACUCAAGAAAGUUUUACAGGUGUCACUAAAUCGUACUUCCGAAUCGAGAUAAGAGCGCAAUUAAACAUUAGCGAUAAUUCCUUAUCAUAAGAAACAUCAAAUUGCACGUUUAAGAACCCUCUGAAAUGCAAUAAGAUUAAAAGAAAUCACAAAAUGCCAGCUAUUUUAAGAUCGCACUAUUUUAAUACCAACAAUAGCUUCGUAAAAAGAAGAACCAAAAGGGAUUUGAGAUGCCUAUAAAAGCUGGCCUAGAUUUAUAGAUUUCUACGUGCAUCCAGCAUCCAGGUGUGAUAUAUAAUAUUAAAUAAGACAAAGGAUAGAUGAUGACAAUUUUUCGUCAAGAAAAAUAGAUAAAUCGAAAGAAAUAAUUCUACG